UCCACCGGAAACGGAGUUUGUACUUUUCCGCCUCUUUUUGUCGGGAAACCCAGAAAAGAACCUGCGAACAGAUCUCUACAAACUAGUGAAACGACGUUCUGGUUACCAGUUUCAAGGAGAGGAGGGAACAAUGUGGAACGGUUCAAGACCUGGACCACGAGGAGGAAUGCCAUUUCGUGGGGAACCUCGUGGAGGCAUGUUUGAAGGCAGAGAUGGCCCAAGACCUGACUUCAAAUGUCGGGAUGGCAUGAAUAUGGACAGGUCACCAAUGAAUAUGAGGCGGUUCGACUGCCAACCUGAUAUGAGAGGACGAGACAUGGGUCUUCAUGACAGAGGAAGAGAGCCUUCCAGAGAUUUUUUCAGACCUGGAGAUGAAAUGGACAUUAAUUUUCGAAGGCGCUUUGAAAUGGAUCAGAGAAACAACCUUCAGAAUUUUCCAGGUUUUAUGGGUCAGUCUAGGCCAGCAAUGGUUAUGGGUGGCAGAGACAUGCAGGGUGGUAAUAUGAGGGGUCCAGAGGAUGGAUUCAUGAAUAUGAAGGAGAGGGAGAGAUUCCAGAUGGAUAUGCCUGGGCUUCCUCCCAUGGACAUCAGAAGGAGACUUGCCAUGGUGGCAAUGGGUGGAAAUGGAGAUCUUGGGGACAUGAGAGACAGGGAGAGGUCACGUAUGGGAGGCAUUGACGGGUUCAACAUGGACAUGCCUCCCAGAGACAGACCGAUGAUGGAUUUUGACAGACGAGGUGUCGCCCCUCCACUAAAUCCAAGAGGAAGGUUUGAAUCUGAUAUGGACCUGAGAAACCACAUGGGGCCCACCGAUAAUUUUAGAGACCAGCCUCCUCAGAUGUUUCAAGACAAUGAAGGCAUACCCAUGGAUAUUAGAGGAAGACCUGAUAUGCCUUUAAGUCGUGGUGGCCAAGAACCCAUGAUCAGACCCGAUGAGAUGACCCUCAGAGACAGAGAAUUCCCAGAGCCAAUGGACAGUCCAGUGCACUUCAGAGGGAGAGAAGGUGAAAUGCUUUCAGACGAGUGGCGCAAACAUGGCAUGAGAGACAGAGAAUCUCUUCCACCUAUGAUGGGCCGAGCGCCACCACUUUUCCCAAGAGGGAUGCAAGACAAGUUCUUCUCUAACCGUGGAAAAGAUGUCGACUUUGGAGAACGUCCCCAGUUCAAAGACCAAGACGGGUUUCUGGGAAAAGAUGGCACAAGCUUUAAUCGAUCAGAAAGAGAGCCCAAACACCAAAACUGGGAGAAAAAUAUUCCUAGUGAUUUUCCAGGCAGAGGUCCAACUCAAAAGCCUCCUCUUCUUCCACUGGAUCCCCUUCUAAAUGCCCAAAGUAGAGAUGGAGAUAAACCCUGGACUGGUGACACAGAUGAAAAGCCUGAAAGAACUGCACCUGCAGGAAGUAGACCUCCAUGUUUCCAAGACAAGAACCAGCCAACUCAAGAGCAUCAUUUCGCAAGGGAUCGAGUGCCCUUGAAGGGUUCCAGUGACAUGGCUUUAGAUCAUGGAGCACAGAGAGAGAGCUUGGUGUCUGGGCCAAAGGAACCCCAGAGUAAUAGAGGUGAGCGACAGGAUCAGGACUAUAGAGACAUUGAUUAUCGCACCAGCUCAGGGCGCAAGUACGACUACAAUCUUGGGGAUCUUCAAGGACCUGAGAAAGACGUGAAGGAAUCCAAACUUGGUCCAACUCAACGACCAGAUGACUCUGGAUCUCAGGACCAGGAUUACAGGGGUGCAAGUGUCCAGGAUCAAGUCUCAAAAACCAUUGCCAUCUCUGGAAUUCCUAAAACUGCCACAAUGCAACAGAUUCUGGAUGCUUUCGCAGUCCGUGAUGGUGUUCCAAUGCAGGGCAUGAAAAUAAAGGAUGUUGUGCCAGGUUACAGCUACGAUAUGGCCUAUGUGGAGUUUUUAAACCUCGAGGAUGCUGUCCACUUCAUGGAGUCCAACCAGGGGUCUGUUAAGGUUGGUGACAAGACUGCUCUGCUUAAAUAUAUCCAGCCUGACAAAAAUGUGAAGGAACUGCAUCCUGAACAACCAGCUAAAGCCUCUCCAGCCAGCGAUGACAAUUUGUUACCAAAUUCAGUCCUGCCACUGAAUAUAAAGGAGGAAACUGAUGCCAAGCCUGUGCAGGAUCCUGCCUCUCAAGGUGUGUGGCAGAGAAACUCCAACUUGACUCCUGAAGCAUGGCAACAGCAAGUGGACCAACAGCUUCAACAGCAGGAGGUAGAGCAACAAGCGGAAGAAUGGACCAAUCAGAGAGCAUCUCGCCAAAACUUACAGCACUCUGAUCCGGUCUUCAAAGAGAGCAGGACAAUGAUAAUCAAGAACAUUUUGCCUACCACCACUGUGGAGACCAUUCUGAAAUCACUUGAUACGUUUGCGUACCUGGAUGAGCGCAAUGUACGUCUGGUCAAAGGGAAGUCACCUGGAUCCAAAUGCUUCUGCUUUGUCGAUAUGGAUUCACAUGAGCAUGUGACGCGAUUGGUGGAGCUGCUCACCAAACCCCGCCCUAUCAUGAUUGAUGGGGUUAGAGUUUAUGCUGAAGUUGCCAAACCUUUGAAAAACCAAAACUAUAGGAGGGAAAAUGAGAAGUCAAACACUUCUCUCUUGGGUUUCCCUCCAGAUGUUAUGAUGCAACAUCAGUAUCAGCAGCCACAGCAACAAUUUUAUCCUCCGGUUUCUCAUACAACUAUGGGUGUUGCACCUUCCAUGCAAGGUGACCCACUGGGAGCAGCUGCCACCUUGUCAUCGGCUGUAAUGCCGACUUCAAGCUUAAAACAGGGUGUGAUGUUUUCUGAGACAACGGCAAUCCCAGAGUCAGUCCAGACAGCUGUGCACCAGACUGCAGCGUUAUCUGACACUGCUCUUCCUGGAGCUGCGGAGUCCAUUGACGGCUACAGCUAUGCAUCUGAGGCUCCAGAUUUGUCAGCCUUCCUUUACGAUGCUACAUCAGGAUUUUACUAUGACCCUCAGACUACCCUGUACUAUGAUCCCAACUCAAGGUAUUUCUAUGAUGCUCAGAAUCAGCAGUACCUCUACUGGGACAGUGCCUCAAAGACCUACAUCCCAGUCGAGAGCUCAUCUACUGAGGUUCAGGAGCCGCCCCCUGAAGUUGCUGUCCCUGUGGCAACAACUGCUGAGGUUAUAGCUACCCCCAUCACAGAGGAGGAAGUGAAGGCAGUCACGGAGACCGUGCCGGAGGUGCGGGUGGAAGAGGACCCUGCCCCACGAGCAGAAAAGAAAGAGAAGGAAAAGGAGGAGAAGCCGAGAAGUUUAGCAGCUUUUAAGAUAAUGAAAGACAUGGAGCGUUGGGCGAAAAUUCAGAACAGACAGAAAGAAAUUGUUAGAUCUCCUUCACCUCUUCUGAAGUCUGGAGGAGAUGACCUAAGACCUUCAAAAGCUGCUGAUGCAGCCUUUGCCAUCUUUGAAAGGAAGGUCACCGGUGCAGAUGAAUUAUUCAAGAAGCCUCUUGCUCCACCAAAACAAAAAGAGGAAAAAUCCUCAAAGCGGCCCAUGGGCUCUCUUGGAAUGUUGGCGGCUGACUAUGGGGCAGGCAGCGACGAGGAAGAAGAAGAGAAACACGAGAAGCAGGAAGCCGCAGGGCCUGCAAAGAGCCAGCCACAGGCGGACGAGCAUGAAGACAGGUUGACAGAUUGGAAGAAGAUGGCAUGUCUUCUGUGCAGGAGGCAGUUCCCUAAUAAAGACGCUCUGAUCCGCCACCAGCAGCUCUCAGACCUGCAUAAGCAAAAUUUGGAGAUUCACCAAAAAAUCAAAAGGUCAAAGAGAGAACUUGAGGCUCUAGAAAACCAGGAAAAAGAGAUGAAAGUCAAACAGUCUAACGGUUCACCUGAACCAAAAAGAAGAAAAACGCAAAACACAUGGGCUGGCAGCUCAAGGGACAGUCAUAAAGGCAGCGAGAGACCAGGUUUGGGUUUAGAAACUACUGAGCGGAAGAAGAAGAAGGAACCUGUCGUCUGGAAUCAUGCCAUGUACAAACAGGCAGUUCGGAAGGCCAUGUUUGCACGUUUCAAUGAGCUGGACUGAAAGUGAAAUGAAUGAAUGAACAAAAAUGUACUUGUGAAUAUACAUGCAUACACACACACACACACACACACACACACACACACACACACACACACACACACACACACAGUGUUGUGUGGUCCGUUGGCAGCUCAUUCCAGGCUUUAAUCUGUGAACUGAUACAAAAUUCCUGGAGAAUCUUAUUGCGACUAACCCCUCAUUUUGGUGAUGUGUGACUGUAUUAAAUGAGUGCAUUAUUUCCUAACAGCCAAAUGUACGGUUACGUUUAAUCAUCCUUCUUGUAGCUCUAUUCUUCAGGGCUUUUUCAAUAUUUCCGCAUUUGAUAAUGUUCUGUCAUGUUUUCCCCCCAUUUUUAUGUAGUAAAUUUAUGCAAUAUUUCAUUUGUAAAAUGAAAUAUUUGAGUUGAGGAGCUGAUAAAUUUUAGUUUGUCCCUGGGUCAAUAAACUGCCUCAGUGUGACUGUAAAAACACAGUUUGGUUCUUGUAUUUAUGUACAAAGUCUUUUGAUUUUUAUUAUCUUAAUGUUUACAUUAAACCAAUGUAUCUUAUUUUUACUGCUUUGGGGCUGUCUCAAAAGUGUUAGGAGUCACUAAGAGUAUCGAUAGAGCCUGUUUUCUAUACUCUCCUCCUCCAGGUGGCAGUACAUAGCUAUUGCUAUUUCAAUUACACAGUGAGCCGCACCUCAGAGAUGUCUAAUGCUGAAAGAAUGAAUCUACACAUGCAGUCAUGAAUUUCGUCGAUACUUCAUUAAGCUUUCCCCCUUGGCUUUAUUUUCCAUUUUCUUGUGGUUCUUUUAUAGCAGCAGAGUGCCUCGAGUUAAACUUGAAAGUGAUCCAUUGACAGUACACAGUGCUUUACUUCACUGCAGGCAGAGAUUAUAUUUCACUUUAUCUAAAAGUUCUCCGGCCUUCACUAAACCUUUUAGUGCUUUGUUAGAAAAUGUUUGUUAGAGCCAGUAACCUUUGUGCAACAUGAUUCCUCAUGUUUGUACUCACUGGCUUACAUAUUUACAACAUUUAAACAUUUAUGAGCACAACUUGAACUUUUGAAGUGUAUGUUCGGAUGAGGUUCUGUGGAGGUCAGCAGCAGGAAAUACAUCAGUCGAACCUGCAAUAAAGACCCCUCAACCUGUCA